AUGGAAAAGCGAGCAAUCGCCUAUUUCAGUGAGAAGUUGAAUGGAGCCCCUCUCAACUACUCAACUUAUGAUAAGGAACUUUAUGCCUUGGUGAGAGCUUUGGAAGUGUGGCACCAUUAUUUGCUACCUAAAGAAUUUGUGGUGCAUACUGAACAUGAAUCCCUCAAACAUUUGAAGGGCCAAGCGAAGUUGAACAAGAGACAUGCAAAAUGGAUAGAAUUCCUUGAAUCCUUUCCAUAUGGAAUCGCCUAUAAGCAAGGUAAAGAGAAUGUGGUUCCUGAUACAUCAUCUGGAAGGUAUUCCUUAAUCACAACCCUUACUUCUAAGUUUUUAGGUUUUGAGUGUAUGAAGAAAUUGUAUGCAACUGAUUCUGAUUUUGCCUUUAUCUAUGCUGCAUGUGAACAUGGUGCACAUAACAAAUUCUAUAAGUAUGAUGGUUUUCUAUUUUGGGAAAAUAGGAUUUAUGUACGUACUUGUUCUAUUAGGGAGCUACUUGUUCUAGAAUCACAUAGUGGGGGUUUGAUAGCUCAUUUUGGUGUGCAUAAGACUUUGGAUGUUUUAUCUGAGCAUUUUUACUGGCCCCAAUGUGCAGUACGAACCCCACACUCUCAUACAACAGUACCUGCAAGUGCACUGGGUCGUCCAAGUAAUACCUAA